CUUACGGAUCUUAGUAUGAUCGUCGACUAUUCGUCUGACGACGAGGCGGGGCCCUCAAAAACCCAGGAUGUCUUCAAUCUCUCAUCUUUGCCGGUGACGAAGAAACCACGCGUGGAGGAGCAGCCUUCGCGGCCAGUGGCGGCUAAUGCAGCCCCAGAUGUUCUGGCUGAGGACCCCCUCCACCAAACGUCCCUCAUCACGCGCCCGACCGACACCCAAAUGCACGUCAACAUCCCUCUCGAGUCCAUGACCCUCCCCACCCAGGGCCCCGAGAAUCCCUUCGGUCCUACGAAUCGAUUUGCUACGCAGAACGCGUUAGCCGGCCAUGUGGAGGAACAGGAGAUGACCGACCACGCGUUCCGGCAGCAACAUCUGACCUAUUCCAUUCUCGGGUACUCGGCCAACCCUUCAAUAGAUCCCAAUGCGCCGGCACUUCUAGGUAACGCUGAAGCUGCCGCCGCCAAUGGGUACGCAACGCUCGGCUCGCUAUCGGUCCCAAAAGAGCGGAGGAAGGAACUCAAACGCAAGAGAAAGGCCAAAGGUGAUCUUGAGAUUGUGGAUGGCGAAGGCGCCUAUGUCGGGCCAUGGGCGUCAUGGGAGGGUGACGAGCCACAAGGCAUUCUCCCAGAGGGCGCUGACGUGGAGGAAGAAGAAGACGACGAAGACGAACCUGAGGAAGAGAUCAAGACCAAAAAGGCCAAACCUAAGCGCGGUGCACCGGGUCAAGAGACAUCUGUUUUCCACGGCAAGUCAAUGACCGACUAUCAGGGCCGGACAUACAUGCACCCGCCUAUAUCGGAGGCACCACAAUUGCAGGAAGAGCCAGGGUCUCAAGAAUGCUUCAUUCCCAAAGUUUGUGUGCACACUUGGACUGGGCAUACGAACGCAGUCUCGGUUAUACGGCUAUUCCCCCAAACUGGCCAUCUCAUGUUGAGUGGGUCGAUGGACACUAAGAUCAAGCUUUGGGACGUUUAUACGAGUGGCAACUGCUUAAGGACCUUCCACGGGCACGUGAAGGCCGUAAAGGACCUGGCCUUUUCCAACGAUGGCCGCAGGUUCCUUUCGUGUUCCUACGACCGCAGCAUGAAGCUGUGGGACACGGAGACCGGACAAUGUCUGAAACGGUUUAGCAACGGCAAGAUCCCAUACUGUAUAAAGUUUCACCCGGACGAGGAUAAACAACAUAUCUUCUUAGCCGGCAUGAGUGAUAAGAAGAUUGUACAGUACGACAUGAAUUCGGGCGAGAUUACCCAGGAAUACGACCAGCAUCUCGGGCCCGUGAACACCAUCACUUUCGUUGACGAAAAUCGACGGUUUGUCACCACCUCCGACGACAAGACUAUCCGGGCAUGGGAUUGGGACAUCCCCGUGGUGAUCAAGUAUAUUGCCGAACCCUACAUGCACUCAAUGCCUGCCGUGACUCUACACCCAUCCAACAAAUAUUUCGCCGCCCAGUCCUUAGACAACCAAAUCCUUAUAUAUAGCACGGAUACUUUCCGACAAAACCGCAAGAAGCGAUUUGCUGGUCAUACGGUUGCGGGUUACGCAUGCCAGGUCGGCUUUUCACCCGACGGAAAGUGGAUCUCGAGUGGGGACGCCGAGGGGAAUGUGGUAUUCUGGGAGUGGAAGACCGGCAGGAUCAAGAAGAGGUUGAUGGCCCACUCCAAGGUAGUCAUCGCCCAUGAGUGGCUACCGCAUGAGACUUCUAAGGUUGUCACCGCAUCGUGGGACGGCCUGAUAAAACUAUGGGACUAAUCCUGUGUACCAAUACGAUGUAUAAUAUGCCUUCGGCUCGGCUCGUUGGUCCUUGUGUAAUAAUUGCCUCACUUUUGCAAUAGUCGCAGUGAGCUUAAGCUGG